AGAGCCUUGUCGUUGUCGGACCGUAUGUAACAACAUUCACAUUUCACAAAAUAUCACAAUCAAAAUCAGUGGAAGACCCGAAUUAAUCAAUCAGGGUUAUUAGUUUGGAAACUUUGGAAACCAAUUUAUUGGAAUUUAUCAGGCAUUUAUAGCACACGAGAAUUCUGAAUUUUUCAAAUAAAACAUUGUACUGCAAUAACAAUGAGUUUAGUUGCGAAUACCGGGAAGUUGGCGGGUCGUACGCUGUUUAUAACGGGUGCUUCGCGUGGUAUUGGGAAGGCAAUAGCCCUAAAAGCGGCUAAGGAUGGAGCUAAUGUGGUCGUGGCCGCAAAAACCGCUGAACCACAUCCAAAACUCCCGGGCACCAUCUACACGGCCGCAGAAGAAAUUGAAGCCCUUGGUGGAAAAGCCUUGCCAUGCAUAGUAGAUGUAAGAGAUGAGAAACAAGUCCAAAAAGCCAUUGAUGAGGCUGUUAAGAAGUUCAAUGGUAUUGAUAUUCUGGUGAACAAUGCCUCGGCCAUUUCUCUGACUGGAACAGCUCACACCGACAUGAAGCGAUAUGAUCUCAUGCACAAUAUCAAUACUAGAGGGACAUUUUUGGCCUCAAAACUGUGUCUGCCUUUGCUACAGAACAGUGAUCAUGCACAUAUCCUAAAUCUGUCACCGCCCCUCAACAUGAAUCCUUAUUGGUUUUCGAUCCAUGUUGCAUACACAAUGGCAAAAUAUGGCAUGUCGAUGUGUGUACUUGGUAUGAGCGAGGAGUUCAAACCAUACAAUAUUGGCGUCAAUGCCUUGUGGCCUAAGACUGCAAUCGCAACAGCAGCUAUCGAGAUGCUUACUGGGGACACGUCUACAAGCAGGAAACCUGACAUAGUCUCUGAUGCCGCCUAUGUUAUGCUUUGCAAAGAUCCAAAGAAGUACACAGGCAAAUUUGAAAUCGACGAAGAUGUACUGAAAGCAGCUGGCAUUAAGGAUUUGACUCCAUAUGCUUGUGAUCCAAAGAACGUGGAUAACCUACUUUUGGACGGAUUCUUGGACGACCCGGCGUCGUUGGCGCACCACAAGGCGACCGUGUCGUCCGCGGCGGUCCGACGCUACCACACGUCGGCCGCACGGUACGCGGAAAAGAGCGAAUCCGGCGGACAGAUACCACAAUUGUUUGGCCUAAUCAGCAAAACUAUUACACCUGAGUUAGUGAAGAAAACUCAGGCUGUCUUCCAGUUCAACGUAAAAGGUAAGGAAGAAGGUGUCUGGCACCUGGACCUGAAGAAUGGAGACGGCGCGUGCGGGCAGGGCGAGCCGAAGAACCCCGCCGACGCCGUGCUCACUAUGGACAGCAACAACUUCGCCGAUAUGUUUGCCGGUAAAUUAAAACCAGCAACCGCGUUCAUGAUGGGAAAACUGAAGAUCAAAGGUGACAUGCAGAAGGCCAUGAAAUUGGAGAAAAUGAUGAAGUCCCUCAAAGCGAAAGCGUAAAUGCUUUACAAAUAAAUAAAAUAAUAGUAUUUAUUGUGUACUGUACUGUUAAUGAAUCGGUGGUACACAAACAACCAAGAUUUAAAGAACUUGCUG